AUGAAUUUGGUGGUAUUUUCAGGUGGUACUGCGACCAAUUCCUUGACCAGCUGCUUCUCACAGCUCUCUGUCGAGCAACAAUGUGAGUUAACUUAUGUGCUGCCUAUCUCGGAUAAUGGUGGUUCGACAAGCGAAAUCCUGAGGGUGUUUGGUGGGCCGGCUAUUGGAGAUAUCAGAUCUAGGAUCGUGAGAGUGAUCUCAGAUGCUCAGGUUGCGAGAUUGCUGAGUUACCGGCUGCCAAACCAUCGCGUGAAGGCGAAGCAAGAAUGGAAUGAGAUCCUGGAGGGGUCCCAUCCGAUCUGGAAAGGGCUGCCAGCAGAGUUGAAGGAGAUCUGCAGGGCGUUCUUUGUAAACUUCCAGGCAGAAUUGCUGAAGAGAACAAAAGUGUCCAAUCCUUUCAAGUUCGAGAAGGCUUCGAUCGGUAACAUCUUCUUGACGGGCGCCAGACUGUUCUUGGGCUCGCUGGAUGCUUCAAUUGAGCUUAUGAUGAGAUUGGGAAGGGGAGACCCGAAGAUCCAUGUGGCUCCUUGUAUCAACAGCGUUCAUACCCACCAUAUCGCGGCGCUUUUGGCGAACGACGAGGUAAUCACAGGCCAGUCUCAAAUCUCACAUCCCUCGAGGCCUUUCAUGGAGAAGAGGGCCAAUUCAGUCGCCGAUCUCACUAGGGACAGAUUUCUGCAUUUGGAGAGGUCAGACGGUUUAACGGUCGAGGAGAGUGAACAAGACGUCGGGGAAGAGGAGGAAGAAUACGCUAAUCCACUCUACAUUCUGCCUGAGCUGAAGAACUCGCAACUCCAUUUCGACAAGAUUGACGUGAAUGACAAACUUCCAGCGCCAAUUAAGAGCUUGCUGUAUAUAAAUCCCUACGGUGAGGAGAUCAAACCGACGGGAAAUUCCAGGGUGAUAUCUGACAUCAAGAAAGCUGAUAUGCUGGUCUACUCGAUUGGGUCCUUGGUGACAAGCUUACUCCCAAUUGCUAUCUUGGGUAACAUAGCAGACGUCAUCCUCGAUUCAAAACCACUUCGAAAAGUGUUACUCUUAAACAGCCGAUAUGACAGGGAAACUUCAUGGCUCGACGGACUGGGGUAUGUCAAGUUGUUAGUAGAUUCGAUGUCAAGAGCUGCAUUGAAAUACAGGCAGACUAGAAAUGGUCAUAGCAUCUCCAGGAUUCAGAGACAAUGGAGCGAAUUCGUUACAGACCUGGUGUAUCUUAAGGAUGGCGAGAUUCUCAUUGAUGAGAAAGAAUUUGCUUCAAAAGGUAUCCUGUGUCAUGGCAUCGACUCUGAUCAGCUGGAUAAUGAUGGGCUUGCAAGGAUUUUGCAGAUGAUUGGCAAUAGUAGAUAG